AUGCGUACGAUCGGUUACAAGUUAGCGCUGCGUAAAGCUCGAGUGAACUGUAGGAUUCAGUUGGCAAAUGAGAAGGUUGUUGAUACCAUAGAUAUGGAGGAUAUUACCGAUAAGAAGGCGUUUUGCAGAUGUUGGAGAAGUGACAAGUUUCCCUAUUGCGAUGGUUCACAUUCGAAGCACAACAAGGAAGUCGGCGACAAUGUUGGCCCACUCGUCAUUAAGAGCAAGCAUUAA